AUGCCCUUUGUUAACGUAGAACAGUCCCAUGAUUCUGAUCGACAGAAUAUUGCGAGUGAUGGCGGAGGUCGACCCACGCUAGAGCACCCUCCAAGUAAAAAGCAUAAAAAUCAAAUUAACCGCCAUAAAAAUUCACCAGGUUCAUUGAAGGAAAUUUCAAGCAAUAAACAAAGGGAAUUUCCUGGGAAGUCCAAUGACACGAAACUUGCUAACUUUGCCAAUUUUUUCCUGUCACCUUCAAGUUUGACAAAAAAAUUGGAGCCAGAAUGCUCACAAACAUUUAUUAAGCAUGAACCAACCGACACAUCAAAGGCAUGUUUGAUACCAAGUAUAACAUGUUCCCCUACGACCAACCCCGCUGUAGAAAAUCCGGUUUUGAACACUUCGACAGGUAAUGAGGAAAAGCGGGUUUCAAAAAGUAAAAAGAGGGAUCACAAUCAAAAAAUGUUCAAACGGACAGCCGAGGUCGCAGCAACUGGGCCCAUUGUUGAUGAGGUGGAAUCCCUAGAAAAAUCAGUAAAUGAUCCAGGGGUAUUUAAAAAGAUAGAUCACAAGCUAUAUGAAAGGGAGAUAGCACUUGCACAUGAUGAUAAUACUCAAUUAUUUGAGGGGAUCACCGAUGAAAAUGAACUGAAAUUCUGUCAUGAAAAUGCUUCUUUUGGGUUGAUCGAUUGGAUGGAUCGGGGUGAAGAGCUAAUAGAAGAAAACCGCACUUUAAUGAAAAAUCUUGUGCAGACAAGAAUAGAUCUGAGUCAUAAGUUUUUGAUUUUGAGUGAAGUAAUUAAUGCAAGAGCCGAAGCUUUGGAAAUGCAAGGAGAGCGUAUUGACGGCAAACUGAAGCAAAUAAAAGACAUCGCGAAUAAUAUUCUUAACGUUAUUUGA